AUGGCGCAUAUUGGAUCCUUUCUUUUCCAUUUUCACCAUCAUGAAAAUGACGAUGGAAAAGCUGAUCCAAAGCACAAACGCACCGAUGAGACUGGAAUGGAGCAAUAUGAAGCAGGACGUUCAGUGGAAUAUAAAGAAAAAAGUGAAACUAAUGAGGAAUUGGGAGAAAAACAUGUGCUAUCUACUCGAACAGGUUCCAAAACUCAAUUGCUAUCACAACCAAAAGAAGGUUAUAAAACCCCACCACAUAUAAGUAGGUCAAGUCACAGUAUGUCACAACUUUUCCUAAGUCAACGUUCACAGUCAAGUCAUACUACAUCUAGUUCUACAAAUAUAGCGGGGCUAAAUUCGCCUUUAUCUCAAAGUAAUGCCCGAAAGUCUUUCCUUGGCCUUUCAAUUGGUAGAACGCAUUCAGGGGAAAACAUGUUUAGUCACGUUCAUCCGCCUAAUGCACAGGUUAAUAUGGCUUCUGCUCAUGCGGAGAAGCCGCGUGAUCAUUAUCCGUCCUCUAUGGUUCAACUUCGGAAGUUCUUCAGACCAAAAAGAAAUCGGUCACACGACAGUGUUGCUACAAUUUCACAUCCAGUUUCUCGAGCAUCUACCUCAGGGCCAACAUUCACACAUGAUGCUCACAACAAUAUGAUUGUUAAAACUGAUCAGAAGUUUUGGGAUGGCCUGGAAGGUUCCUUAACUAAAAAAUAUGGAAGAAUGGGAAAAAUGUUAGGAUCAGGUGCUGGAGGCUCUGUUAGACUUAUUACCAGGGAAAGUGAUCAUACAACCUUUGCCGUGAAGGAAUUUGUUCCAAGACGACCACAUGAAAGCGUUAAAGAAUACGCAAAAAAAUGUACAGCCGAAUUUUGUAUUGGUUCCACGUUACACCAUCCGAACGUCAUCCGAACGUUGGAUAUAAUUAGUGAAAAUAAUCACUAUUAUGAAGUCAUGGAGUAUGCACCUGUUGAUUUUUUUUCAGUGGUUAUGUCAGGAAAAAUGACAAGGUCGGAAAUAAAUUGUUGCUUCAAGCAAAUAACACUUGGCGUUAGCUAUUUGCAUUCCAUGGGUUUAGCUCAUAGAGAUCUCAAAUUAGAUAAUUGCGUUCUUACUGAGAAUGGUAUACUCAAGUUAAUUGAUUUUGGAUCUGCGGUUGUUUUCAAAUAUCCGUUUGAAGAUAAAGUUGUGAUGGCACAUGGAAUUGUUGGUUCGGAUCCAUACAUGGCUCCAGAAAUUUUGACUUCUACGCGAUCAUACGAUCCACAAUUUGUUGAUAUAUGGUCCAUUGCGAUUAUAUAUUGUUGUAUGACUCUUAGGAGGUUUCCUUGGAAGGCACCAAAGAAAUCUGAUCCUAGCUUCUCUCUAUACUGUAUGAAGGACGAUAUGCCCCAUGAUUAUGUUGCCAGUGCUAAGAGACAUAAGAGAUUACUUUUAGAAAGGAAGCAAAAAAUUGCUGAAAGAAGGAAACAGGAGAUAGAAAAGAAAAACAGAAUUGAUCUUGAGAAAGCAAAACUGGCAGCUGAAGACAUUGAGCAGCCAUUGAAGGAUAUACAGAUGGCAAAGGGGCAUAAAAAUUUUCAAGCCAAGGGCUCGGAAGUUAAUAAUGUGGUCAAAGCUGUAAAAGAACUAAAGAUAGGACAGACAGUCAGCAAGUCGGAUAAGAAUAUUAGCAAGGAAAGCAAUGACAAAAAUAUGGAACACGAGACGGGAGGUGAACGGCAAAGUAUAGAGAAGUCAAGGUCACAUGUAAAACAUACUGAACAUAAGGAACAUCUUGAGUCUGAAAAGCAUUCUGAGGAAAAUUCUAAAACAGGAAAAGAAAAUCGUAAAGGUCCAAAAGAAAAUGGUGAUGUAGAUCAUGUUCCCGAACGCAGGCAGCAAACAAAUUCAAAGGUCAGAAGACAGAUUCAUGGACCAUAUAGGCUAAUGCGCUUGCUUCCGCAUGCUUCGAGGCCGUUGAUUUCUAAAAUGUUAUCCGUUGAUGUGAAUACAAGAGCUACUAUUGAUGAUAUAUUUGCGGAUGAAUGGUUCAAUCAGAUUAAGUACUGUACUAUGGAUAAUGAUGGCCAUGUUAUAAAUGAACCGGGUCACCAUCACACGAUUGUUUGA